CCCGUUGUGUCAGGCCUGUGCCUGCCAGCCCUCCUCUCCCUCCUCCUGGGGCUCCUCCCUGUUCCCUGUAGGUGUGUCUCUGGGCUCGGUGGCUGCUUACCCCACUCCCUGCCGAGACACCCAGUGGAGAGGUCACCCACUGCACAGCCCCGGUGCCCACAACCCACCAGCCCAGUGACCCACCAUGGAAGCUGCAGAUGCCUCCAAGAGCAACGGGGCCAGCCCGGAAGCCAGGGAUGCCCGCAGCCCGCCUGGCUCCAAUGGCAGCCUGGAGAAUGGGACCAAGGUUGAAGUCAAAGAAACCAAGACCACCAACGGGCAUGGAGGGGAGGCAGUUGAGGGCAAGAGCCUGGGCAGUGCCCUGAAGUCUGGGGAGGGCAAGAGUGCUCUGUUCUCAGGGAACGAGUGGCGGCGGCCCAUCAUCCAGUUUGUCGAGUCUGUGGACGACAAGAGCUCCAACUACUUCAGCAUGGACUCCGGGGAGGGCAAGAGGUCACCCUACGCUGGGCUCCAGCUGGGCGCUGCCAAGAAGCCGCCCGUCACCUUUGCUGAAAAGGGGGAUCUACGCAAGUCCAUCUUCUCAGAGUCCCGGAAGCCCACGGUGUCCAUCGUGGAACCUGGAGAGACCCGGCGGAACAGCUACCCCCGGGCCGACACGGGGGGCAUCCUCCUGCGCCCCAAGUCAGGCUCGGAGGAGGUCCUGUGCGACUCCUGCAUCGGCAACAAGCAGAAGGCUGUCAAGUCCUGCCUGGUGUGCCAGGCCUCCUUCUGCGACCUGCACCUCAAGCCCCACCUGGAGGGCGCUGCCUUCAGGGACCACCAGCUGCUCGAGCCCAUCCGGGACUUCGAGGCCCGCAAGUGCCCCCUGCAUGGCAAGACCAUGGAGCUCUUCUGCCAGACCGACCAGACCUGCAUCUGCUACCUGUGCAUGUUCCAGGAGCACAAGAAUCACAGCACAGUGACAGUGGAGGAGGCCAAGGCCGAGAAGGAGACAGAACUGUCCCUGCAAAAGGAGCAGCUGCAGCUCAAGAUCAUUGAGAUUGAGGAUGAAGCCGAGAAGUGGCAGAAGGAGAAGGACCGCAUCAAGAGCUUCACCACCAAUGAGAAGGCCAUCCUGGAACAGAACUUCCGGGACCUGGUCCGGGACCUGGAGAAGCAGAAGGAGGAAGUGAGGGCUGCAUUGGAGCAGCGGGAGCAGGAUGCUGUGGACCAAGUGAAGGUGAUUGUGGAUGCUUUGGAUGAGAGGGCCAAGGUGCUACAUGAGGACAAGCAGACUCGGGAGCAGCUGCACAGCAUCAGUGAUUCGGUGCUGUUUCUGCAGGAAUUUGGUGCAUUGAUGAGCAAUUACUCCCUCCCCCCUGCCCUACCCAGCUACCAUGUUCUGCUGGAGGGGGAGGGCCUGGGACAGUCGCUGGGCAACUUCAAGGACGACCUGCUCAAUGUGUGCAUGCGCCACGUUGAGAAGAUGUGCAAGGCAGACCUGAGCCGUAACUUCAUCGAGAGGAACCACAUGGAGAACGGGAGUGACCAUCGCUACAUGAACAACUACUCCAACAGCUUCACGAGUGAGUGGGGCGCGCCAGACACCAUGAAGAGAUACUCCAUGUACCUCACGCCCAAGGCUGGAGCCAGGUCUUCAUACCAGCCAGCAUCCCCCAACCGCCUCCAGAAGGAGAUCAACCAGAAGAACUUCAACAACCUCUACGGCACCAAAGGUAACUACACCUCCCGCGUCUGGGAAUACUCCUCCACCGUCCAGAGCUCUGAGGACAUGCCCCCUGUCCAAGGCAACUCCUCCUUCUCCCUGAAAGGCUAUCCCUCACUCCUCCGGAGCCAGAGCCCGAAGGCCCAGCCGCAGACUUGGAAGUCUGGCAAGCAUACCAUGUUGUCUCACUACCGGCCAUUCUACGUCAACAAAGGCAAUGGGAUUGGAUCCAACGAGGCGCCAUGAGUUCCAGACAGGCAGAUUUGAGGGAGGCACUGCCAGCCCUGCCCCCACCCCAGCUGAUCCUGCUGCUCUUGCCUUCUAAGCUACUGUUCUUAUCUGGGUGGGAGGGGGCUGGCCCUGUGCCUCCCCCCAGCCUCUCCCUAGUGUCCUCAUCAGCCACGCUCCAUCCAGGCCUCUCUCCCACUGUGGCUUCUAAUGACCCCCAUCUCUCCUGUGCUCAGAGGUGGGCCAUUCCAGGGGGCAGACAAUGGGGCUUCUCCCCCCAGAACUGCCACCUUCUUCCCCUAGAGUGGCAUCUUUGGGGUGGUAGUCUAUGUCCAUGGGCUUCAGCCCUGCUGUCCUCAGGCUUGUUGGCCAUUUCCACAGUCCCUUGCCCUGUGACAUGUCAAUAGGUGCCUGGCCAAGACAGCUGCCCACCUCCCACCCUCCUAGGCCUCCUCCUUCCCUGCCCAUCAGGAGAAGACUGGCCCUACCUGUGCCCAGCCUGGCAGAGCCCACAGCCCUGGGAGGCCAGGGGGAAUCCCCAGCAUCUUGGCAUCCUCCUGCCAGCCUUGCGUGUCUCAUCUGUUCUUGGCCUGGGGAUAGUCCUCUCCUCCACCUGCUGAGAUAAGUGAUCCCCUCGCGGGAUAUCAUCCACACCUGAAGGUAGCUGCUGGCCCAGCGGCUCUGGAGGAGGCUCAUUUUCCUGCAGAACAUCUCUAGUUUGGUCAUUUGUGUCCUCCUGGGCAAGGGGAGUGAGGCUGGUGAUAGCGUCCCUCGACUGGGAUGUGCGAGGUUACGUACAAGGUGCCUUCCAGGUGCUCCCCACCCUCACCACGGCCCCUGUCCAUCUUCUUCUUACCUCUCACUGCCCCCGACAUUGCCUCAUGGGGCUCAGGGCCUGGAGAGGAGACCAAACCAGGAGCAGCAAGGUGGGGUCAACCUCUCUCCCCGCAGCCCUAUCCCUGGGCCUAUGGGGGCAGCUUUUGGGAGUCGGGACAUUCAGCCUGGGCUUCCCCCCAUCAAUAAACCAUGGAUCACCCACUUCUUUUGAAUCAAACAAGUGCUUCCCUG